AUGGGUCACGAAGAUGCUGUUUACCUGGCCAAGCUCGCCGAGCAGGCCGAGCGAUAUGAGGAGAUGGUUGAGAACAUGAAGAUUGUCGCCUCCGAGGACCGCGACCUGACCGUCGAGGAGCGCAACCUCCUCUCCGUCGCCUACAAGAACGUCAUUGGCGCCCGCCGUGCCUCUUGGAGAAUAGUCACCUCUAUCGAGCAGAAGGAGGAGUCUAAGGGCAACUCUUCUCAGGUCGCCCUUAUCAAGGAGUACCGCCAGAAGAUCGAGGCCGAGCUCGCCAAGAUCUGCGACGACAUCCUCGAGGUCCUCGACCAGCACCUGAUCCCCUCUGCCAAGUCCGGCGAGUCCAAGGUCUUCUACCACAAGAUGAAGGGUGACUACCACCGUUACCUUGCCGAGUUCGCCAUUGGCGACCGCCGCAAGGACUCUGCCGACAAGUCCCUCGAGGCCUACAAGGCGGCCACCGAGGUUGCCCAGACCGAGCUGCCUCCCACCCACCCCAUCCGCCUGGGUCUUGCGCUCAACUUCUCCGUCUUCUACUACGAGAUCCUCAACGCCCCCGACCAGGCUUGCCACCUUGCCAAGCAGGCCUUUGACGAUGCCAUUGCCGAGCUCGACACUCUCAGCGAGGAGAGCUACAAGGACUCCACCCUCAUCAUGCAGCUCCUCCGUGACAACCUUACCCUCUGGACCUCUUCUGAGGCUGAGACCUCUGCCGGCCAAGCCGAGGCCCCCCCUAAGGAGGACACCCCUGCCGAGGCCGCUGCUCCCGCC